AUGGCAACAACGUUGCCUAAUGAAAUAUUAAUAGAAAUAUGCAGAUAUUUAUCUCCUUCUGAUCUAUACAAUUUAACCUUGGUGUGCAAGCGAUUUCGAAAUCUUUUGUGGAAUAAAACAAAUGAAUCAACACAAUUGAUUUGGCGUAUUUCGCGAUUAAAUUUUAUUCCACAUUUAAAACUUCCAUGUCCUGAAGGGAUGAGUGAACAAAAGUAUGUAUGGUUGAUGCAAUUGUUAGAUAAAUGUAUGUUUUGUGAGGAAAGAAAUAAAUGGAAGCUGUCAAUGUAUUGGGAAUUCAAAAUGUAUUGUUGUCAACGUUGUUUGGCUCAAAGAACUGUUAGCCGUGAUACAUUAAUCAAAGAAUGGGAGAUCUCCGAAAAGUUAUUAACAUGCAUAGUUCCACUGCCACCAAAUGCGCAACGGCCGCAACUAUUUUUAAUGAAACAAGUAACUCAAACAAUAAAAGAAUACAAAAAAUUAUCCAUAACUAAGAAAGAAAAUUGGAUAAAACGAAAACAAAAAGAAAUUAAUAAUUUGAAAGAUGAAAAUAAGAAAUACAUUAAGCAACAUGAUUAUGGAAGAUAUGACUAUAACGAGAGAUUGGAAAGGCUAUUUAGUACUUUACAAAUGAGUACUGACUAUGCUUAUCGGAGAAGAGAAGAUAAUGAUGGUUUUGUUGGAAGAAAGGAAAAAAAAAGGAGUAAUUAA